AUGCCCCAAUGGUUGCCACUUCAGAAGGGUGAAGUUCUUCCUCUGUUCGUCCAACGACCGAAGCCAGCUAGUUGUGUUACGACUGGGAUUAGACGAUGGAGGGCAUUACAUCGAUUCCAAAGGACUGUAAUCAUAGCUCUAGCUUGCGGCUUGCUAAUAUUUGGCUUUUAUGCGCAAGUCUACAGCCUCUCGAGUCAGGUGGAAGAUGUCUAUCACAGACAGGUACGCCUAGAAGUUAUAAAUAAUAAUAUCGUUUUCUUAGGCUUUCACGACUAAGAGAUACAGGACAGAAAAUAAUGCCUCAGGGAAUGUUCGGUCUGGUGUGAUAACUUUUCCAGAGCCCAACCAAAGGCAACAAGCAAUAAGAGAUGCUUUUAAACAUGCCUGGCGGGGUUACAAGAAAUUUGCAUGGGGAUAUGAUCAUCUUAAACCGAUCUCCAAGGGGUAUUCUGAGUGGAUGCAGUGCGGAUUGACUAUAAUAGAUUCACUUGAUACGAUGUUAAUAAUGAAUUUAGAAGAAGGUAAGAACGGACUGUUUUACGUUCUUUGGGCUGUGUGGAUUUAUUAUAAGUAACACUAUGUUUAGAGUUUGCGGAAGCGAAGGAAUGGGUAAUUAAUUCGCUCAGCUUUGAAAAGGAUAACUAUGUCAACCUGUUCGAAACUACAAUUAGAAUAUUAGGCGGACUUCUUACAGCUUUUCACAUUACUAAAGACGAUGUAUUCAAGCUGAAGGCUGAAGAUAUUGGAUUGCGGUUGAUGGGAGCGUUAGAAAAAACCACUGUACCUUACAGCGAUGUGAAUUUAAAGACUAAGUAAGACCUUAAAGAGUGCUGAGUUGUAUUGUUCAUUUAGGCAAGCAAAACAGCCAGCUUGGGGCGGCGAGAGUUCAUUGUCAGAAGUUACCUCAAUUCAGUUAGAAUUUAGAGAUCUUAGUAGAUUAACGGGUAAUCAAAGUUUUGAGGUAAGAAGUUGGUUAUUAGGUGCUUGCUGAGUACGAACGACCUUUAUUUCGAAAAGUUUAGACAAAAUCGUUCCAAGUCUCAGAACAUAUUCAUAAAAUUGGAUGCAAGAAUCACGAUGGUUUAUGUGGGAUGUUUCUAAACCCUGCUACGGGGACUUUCCGCGAUGGAACUACAAUUACUUUGGGAGCGAGAGCUGAUAGUUUUUACGAAUAUCUCUUAAAACAGUGGCUUCAAACGGGGAAGACGAUCGAUUGGUUAAGAACUGACUAUGCCGAAUCAGUUGAUGCUAUGAAAAAACAUCUCUGGAGAUCGUCAGAACCGAAUAAAUUCUGGUUUGUCGGAGAAUUGUUAUCAGGCAAUUCUUUUUCUCCUAAAAUGGUAAUACCAAAUUCACAGUAAACCGACUUUCUAGGACCAUUUGGUAUGUUUCUUAGCGGGAACCUUGGCCUUAGGCACAGAAAACGGAAUGCCCGAAUGGCAUCUGGAAAUGGCAAAAAACUUGUCAAGGACUUGUUAUGAGAUGUACAAAACACCAACUGGACUGGCUCCAGAGAUUGCCUACUUUAACCAACUACCGGGGACAAACAAAGACGACGUUAUCAUUAAGGUAAAGCUUUUAAACAUAUGGUUAAUGCUCUUCAGCCCCUGGAUGCGCACUCCUUACUGCGUCCGGAAGCUUUCGAAGCAUGGUUCUAUAUGUAUCGAAUAACCAAAGACAAGAUGUAUCAAGAAUGGGGAUGGGAAGCGUUUCUGGCCAUUGAACGAUAUGCCCGGGUAGAAAAUGGAUACUCAUCCGUCAACAAUUGCAAGAAGAUUCCAGUCACCUAUCGGUAUGGAAGUCACUGGUUGCUUAAUUCCAGUUUUAGAGAUAUGAUGGAGUCAUUCUUCUUGUCAGAGAGCUUAAAAUACUUGUACCUUCUUCUUUCCGAUGAUCAGACAAUAUUUCCAUUAAACGAGUACGUCUUCAAUACCGAGGGGCAUCCGCUGCCGGUGUAUAAUUAUUAA